UCUUUCGUUUUUUAUUUUUUAUUUAUUUAUUUUUUAUUUUUUGCCCCUGACUCCAUUCAUACAUCGCCCACUCUCUGUAUGCACACGCGGCACCGCCUAGUUAUCUCCGCACGCGACCGCGGCACCUUCUCACCAGUACUCAACGAGUGCAACGUACCGCGCCUUCAUCGUCCGUGCCACAACCGUGCCACGCGCCUAUGUGCAGCCCUCGUUGUGGUACGCUUCAUUGAUUUGGUGACAGCUUGCAAACAAAGAAGCCGCGGACGGCUGUCGCGGCGGUCAGCCAACAGGGGCAGCAGCAGCCGCUAGAAGCCAGACAACGCGGAUCGUUUCCCGCUCGCUGCCGCCAUUGCCACUCAUCCUUCGUUGCUACGGUGCUCUAGUUGCUGUUAUUGUUGCCCACGGCAAGGAGCCGCAUUGGCAUCAACAGUCGCAGCGCCGGCCGUUGCUGCUGCUACUCGAGCCGCAGCAAGCAAUUCAGCGGCGCAAAAUCGCGUUAACAACAACACCAGUGGCAGUAGGGUAGUAUCGAAUCAACAAGCGCAUCGGCAUCAGCGGCGCUGUGCCAGAAGCAGCACCGGCAGCGGCCGCUGUCAGAGCAAGCAUUGCUAUUAGCACCAGCUUUAGCGCCGGUGCUGCUGCUGCUGCGAGAAGCCAGGAGAGUCUCGACGACGAGAAGAAGGGAAGCGGUUGGGUUGAGUGGCCGGAGGGUUGCUGCUUGUUUCGUUUUGAUUUUAUGCAGUCUGUGCCGCCGCUACUGGAGCUUCGUUUGUUACGGUGCUCCGGUGCUCAUCCUCGUUGUCGUCGCCAUCGUGUUCGUAUCUUCGUCGGUCAGCGGCUGCGGUGGCGGUCCAGCCACCGCCAUGGCUCAGUUUUGUUCCUGCUGCUACUGCUGCUGCUGCUUUUACUGAGACCGCUGCCGCUGCUGAACUGAGCUGCUGCUGCUGCUGCUGAGCGGAGUCGAGGGGAGCUGAGUGCUGCUGCGGUAUCAUCGCCCGGCAUAACAUCAGCAGCAAGCAUAAGGCAGACAGAGCCGCAACGAAGCGGCGGUUCCGACCGUGGCCGUCUGAGUCGCGGUAUUAGUGAAGAAAGGAUCGAAGAAUUGAGGUAGUUGCUCCGGUAGCAGCAGUAAUAGUAGAAGUAGAUACUGAAGGUGCUGUUAACUAUUGUGUGGUAGUAAACUGAGCACCAUAACUGGCGGCGAGUGGCAGUUGGGUGUAGCAGUAUUAUAACACGAAAAAACGAAGGUCUGGAGCUCCUUCCAAGUGGUCAGUGGGGGUUACUUCGCCCCAUUUUUAACAAAGAGGGUGAUAUUACUCGUAUUACAGGUGCUGCUGCUGUUGCCAGCAUCCAACGAAAGUGUGUGGCUAUGUGUGUGUGAAAAAAACGUUCGAGCCACAGAAAAAGCUCCUCGAAGGCAAGAAGUCAAACAGUGUUGGCUCAGAAUCUCACUAAAGGAAACGACGAGCUGGUGAAGAAGUUUUUGCAGCCUAAGAGCAGAAGCUGCUGGUUGUAUUCGAGCCGGUCGAUGUCUGUCGUGUGUUCGUGAAGCAUUCGGUGUUGUGCUCGUUCGGUGCUGGUUCACGGAUUCGUGUAUUCGGACAUGUAAGCAAGAAAACAGAACAAAACAAAGAUAAAGGGACACACAAUUGUGUUUUUACCUGGCGGAUUCGUCGAGUUCGCCGCCAGCUCUCUCUGGAGCCCAUCAGCUAUUCCGUUUCUUUUUUUGCGACGAAACCCCUGUCGUAUUCCAUAGCCGGAUAUCCCCGUACGCUGUUCUGGAUGAAGUGAGUGGAGGAGCUGGCGGACUCUACUCCGGCGGGCCCACGAUUGAAUGAACGUGAAGCGAGAACCGGUCAACUACGGCGGCGGGGGACCCGGGGGGGAGUUGGGUCCCCCCGACGGGAGUCCGCACUGGAAGGCCAUGGACGGUUCGCCGCAUCCUCCGCCGACAGGACCUCCUCAUCCCGGUGGGCCACCACCAGGACCCCAUGCUGGUCACCCCGGAGGCCAGAUCCCGCCAGGACCCCCUCCUCCUGGACAUCCUGGACCUCCACACGGCCAUCCUGGUCAGUUGCCACCAGGUCACCCGCAUGGACCACCAGGGCCACACCCCGGCCAUCCCGGAGGUCCACCCGGAAACCCCGGAGGACCUCCUCAUGGCCAUCCUGGUCAUCCUGGUCAUCCGCACGGACCCCCAGGACCACCACUGGGACCUGGCCAAAUGCCCCCUGGACCUCACGGCCCGCCAAUGCAUGGAUCUCCGCAUGGGCCGCCACCUCCUGGACACCCCCACAUGGGUCCACAUACACAACCGUUUCCUUCCCGACCACCACCACGGCAUCAUGGAUCGUACCUCGGCCAGCCCGACUAUCGGAUCUACGAGAUGAACAAACGCCUGCAGCAAAGAACAGAGGAAAGCGAUAAUUUGUGGUGGGACGCAUUCGCAACUGAGUUUUUCGAAGAUGACGCAACGUUAACGCUAACACUGUGCCUCGAAGAUGGCCCGAAACGUUAUACUGUAGGUCGAACGUUGAUUCCUCGAUAUUUCCGAUCGAUCUUUGAGGGCGGUGUCUCCGAGCUCCAGUUCCAGCUUAAGCAUGCCCGCGAGUCAUUCCAUCAGACGGCCAUCUCCUUGGACUGUGAUCAGGCUUUUAUGCUAACUACGCACGGCAAGCCCGCCCAGCUCACGUAUCCCGGUGGACGAGUGGACCCGUUAAAAGACCAGUCGUCGCGGGACAGCGCGGUGCUCGUGGCGACGGAGGGCCGGCUAAUGGUCGAGUUCACAUUCGACGACCUGAUGCGAAUCCGCAGCUGGCACUUCGCCACCAGGACGCACCGGGAGCUGGUGCCAAGGGCGCUCAUCGCCCUGCAUCAAGACCCUCAGGUGAUGGACCAGAUGUCGAAGAACUGCACGCGGCAGGGGCUAACCAACUCGACGCUCAACUACCUUCGCUUAUGUGUUAUACUCGAGCCAAUGCAAGAGCUAAUGAGUCGUCAUAAGGCAUACCAGCUUUCUCCGAAGGACUGUCUCAAAACGACGCUGUUUCAUAAAUGGCAGCGUAUGUGUCAGCCCCCUGCUUCCCCGGCGAACCGGGGUGGUGCAAUGCCCCCGAACGACAUGAAAAUGAUGUCCACCCCAGAUUUAGAAUCUCAACGUCCGGCUUCGAAGCGGCGCAAGCGAAAGCCCUCGACGGCGACGACGGGCGCCGGCAGCAAAAAGAAGAACAUGAGUCCUGGGCCACAGCAGCCGUUUAUGGCUGCACCCCCCGGCGGACCGGGCUCGCAGGGGUAUCCGACUCCACCACCGCCGCAAUUUCUGCGCGAGCAAGACGUGAUGGUCGUUGGCGAGCCGUCAUUAAUGGGAGGCGAAUUCGGGGACGAGGAUGAGCGGCUAAUCACACGGCUGGAGAAUACACAGUACGACGCCAGUGCUGCUCAACCGCCACCUGGUGGCAAUAACGGCGCACUGGGAGGUCCCGUUGGCAUGGGCGAUCCGGACAAUCCCGAGCCAGACUUCACCGGCUGGAACAGUAACCCGGACAGAGCUAGCGCAGGGCCGGGAGGUCCGCCCGAUGAGAAGAAGAGCCCCCCUCAAAACUCCUAGGCUUACCGGACUCAUGUAAAUAGUUAGGCAGCGACAGAACCAGAAGGCGAGAGGGAAAGGAAAGCGCAAGAGAGAAGGAGCAGACGAUAAGAGUGAAAACAACAUCAACAAUAACAACAAAUACUUCUUCAAUUCUGACACGAACACACAGAUACGGGCAGAAGAACACAGCAAAAGAUGGCGCCGCUUUACCGAAGGAAGACGGGAAGUGCGCAGUCGAAAUAAGGAACUGAGAUAUAAAGUGACAAGUGCAUAAGCCAGAGCUAAAGAUAGAAUAAAAACAGCAAGCAUGCUGUGAUAAAUUUGCAAUGCAAUUAAUGAGAAAUAGGAAAUUAAGGUAGAGAUUUGAAACAAGGGCUUGAGCGCGUUGAGAUUUGAUGCGUAUGCUUCUGGGAAGCAACAAACAUUGGUGACGUCAAAAUCAUGUGAGGAUCACCGUUAGCAGCUAAAGUAAUAUAACAAUAACUAGAGAUUAGGUAACUCGCGAUGCGUUGGUGUAGGUGUGUGUAAACUAGCGCAACUAGAAAUGACACAAUUGUUUAUAUUGCUCUCGCAUCGUUGCCUGCUGGCCAAGCAGGAGUGCUGCCAGCCGCCUUCCCAGAAAUACGAUAAUCGUAAAGAAAGUGGCUCAUAUUUUAUGCUGUUUUUAGCACGGUAACAUUGGAUAAAGUUAUGAUCAGAGGGACUGAUUAUAUUUAAUGUGCAAGCACGAAACCUCAGAGUCACCCUUGUUGUAUAAGCGAGAAAUGUAAAUUUAGGUUUGAAUCAUGGGUGAAUAGUUGUUGUGAAAACAAAUUCACACAAGGACGUAUCAUUUCUAUUGUGUAACAGAAGAGAAGGAGAAAAUUGCAGAUGAUACCCUUCGUCGCGCCCACACAUGCACAUACACACACAAACAUUCAAAUUAACAUAUAGAGAGCGAUAGCUUCAAGACAAGCCAAUACGCGAAUAGAUUAGAUCUCGUACAGCUGAAACAGAUUAUUAAAUAUGCGUAUGGCCGAUGACAGAAUAGCUAAACGCUGUGUGAUUACGGCGUAACAGUACACCACAAUACCAUUAUGUAUCAAUAAACGAACAGCAAUUUGUCAACGGUAACAUUAAGUCGGUCGGUAUGCCAAUGCUAUGACAAAUUACAUAAACACAUUUAAGCACACAAAUACCAAUAUAUAUACACACACACACACACCCAAACAUAAAUAUAUACGGAGACACGCACACAAAUCGAAGCACCUAGUCUCAACUCGAGAGACGACAAACAGAGAAGAUUCAAAACGCUUGGAUUGGCGCAAGACCGACGCUCCUUCGAUGACGAGAGAACAGUAAUGGCCAUAAAACACGAAUAUUUCCAGUGUAUUAUACAACAUUUUCUGCUUUCAAUUCUUAUGAAGACACUUCGAUGGGAAAUCGAAAAGAUAACACAAAAGAGGGAAGGAGAGCGACUGAGACCGGACUAUAUACGUGUGAGAUAGUAGGAAACGGAAUCGGGAGAAGUGACGCAAUAGAAUUUUUCAAUUUUCGAAGCAAACGUGAAUGUUUGAAGAUAAACAUUUGUGCAGCGUGUGAUGUGUGUAGGGCUUGAGAAUGUGCGAGUAUCUGUGAGCGCAAUUGAUGAGUAUGCGAAAAAGUCAGGUUUGUGUAUGAAUAGGUAAACAGUUCUUGUUUCAAAUUAUUCUCAGAUAUGCACCUGUUAGUUGGUGUCAUUUGUCUGGGUGUUUUUUUUUAUCUGUUCUCGGUUUUAUUUUUGGGAUAACGUCAUUCCUGCGUGCAUAUUGUUGCUAACGUUCAUGAUAUUUUUUUAAUAACCGAAACAUUCGAUUUUGUUUGUGCGCUCGUCGGUGUUUCAUGGUUGUCCUAAGUACGUUAGAAGUCAUUUAACGGGCUUUAGCAGUUUCUCAUUGCACUCAGGAGUGCCCAGCUUCUCUCGGUCCGUAAAUAUAUAAUAAGGAUUAUUUCGAUUAGACAAAGAGGAGAAAUUGCUAGAUUACUGUCGUAUCGUAAAGGUAAUGAUUAGUAUACAAUUAUGAUUAUUCUUAUACAUUUUCCAUAAACCCAUUUCUCUCUUUAUAUAUAUAUAUAUAUAUAAAGGUAAACAGAUUCCCUUCUGCUUUAGGUUUCAAUUCUGUGCGUCCAGCGCGAGAACAGUGUGUCGUCAGUAGACUGAGAGACAAACUUGUACGUCAGACGUUAACUGGGGACAACUGCAUGCGAAGUGAUGAUAUGAUGCAUGAGGCGAUGCUCUUUAUCUGUAUUACCUGCGACUAUAAUGAUGCUCUGAUCAUAUAAUUAUUAAACAAUUGUAGCAAUUUUCCUAUUUUUUUUGCUAUAAUUCUCAUUGACAAAUUAAUGGUGACGAUGUUCAGUAGUAGCACCAUUAAUAGUAUAAAAUGAUUGUAUCAUUAUAUUUUAUAUUCGUUUUAUUUAUUUAACCUACACACUCAAGGGGCUAGUGUCUUUGGGCCAAAGCUUCAGCGAGGGCUGGACGGCUGGGGAGCAGAUAUGCGCAAUACAGUAUCCAUUAUACGUUGAGGUUGAGUAGAAAGCAGGUGAUGUAAAAAUAAACAAUACAGCUCACACACACAACAUGCUACCAAACACAAUAACUAAGUUAGAGAAAAUGAAUUUCGUAAAACUGAAACGUGGAAAGGGAACACGGCAGAAAAACUAGUGGGAAUAUAUAUAUAUAUAUAUAUAUAUAUAUAUACAUAGGUUUGCUUCUGUCAGGAAGGGGGCAGAAGGAAAACAGGGAACUUGUGUUCACUUAUCUUAACUGUGUGUGGCGAUGUGCACACAGUCGCUGCAGUAAUGGCAACCAACCAACAACAAAACAAAUAACAAUAACGUAAUAGCCAACAUCAACAAAAAAAAACAGUGACAACAACAGCUUCGAAUGUACUUAUUAGUAAUUUACUACCAACGAAAAAAUGAGAGAAGCAACGACGAAUCUAAAGGAAAGAGUAGCGAGACUGAAAAAAAAAAGAGAAAAAUACAGAGAAUGAAAUGAGAAAGAAAAAGAAAAUGAUAGCGAUGAUAAUUAACCAGUCAAAAUAAACUCUAUGAU